CCCUUUGGACACAUCAAUUAUGGGUCCUUGUCUUCGGGAAUAGCACCCCCUUUCCGCUGGUUUACUACAAUGAGCGUUCCAGAUGGCUUCAGGGGUGCUGCCGGUGACCUUCACUGCAACCUCGCGAAAUAAAAUCAUCGGGGAAGGAAAUGCGCAAGGAUUAAAUAUCGCAUCUUCCCCCUCUUCCUAAUUUUCGCCCUAUAGCAACCUGAUGAACCGCUGUUAUGUGUAUGUUGAGGGUAACUCUGACCAGCUUCGCGCCUGGAGGAGGCACGCAAGUUUACCGAGCCAUCCCAACGCAUUGACAUCUGAAGACCUUUAUUUGUCUGCUUUGCCGCUACUGGACAGAGUAAAGCAAGAACUCAUCAGCCGAGGUUGGAGAGAGAUUACCCCCACUGCCGGGGUCGAACAUUGGGCUUUGUUAACCCCUUCGACGGCGCUCGCCGUCUUAGAAGAAGAAGGCGAGGGUGGCGAGGACCUUGACGAAGGAGAUCCAUCGAGCUCCAGCUCUGCAAUACCCCCACAACCCACAUCCAGGAUCUUUUCCAUACCUACAAACCUGCGUGCCCUUGUGACCAAUGUCCCCCGUUGGACACAUUUGUUCAACGAUAAUACCUUUUUCCGUCCCAUCGAGCACCAGGAACAUGGAAUUAUUCUGACUUCCAACGUGGAUACUAUGCUAGUGGAUGUAUUUUAUUUGCUGCAACUCAUACUCCCUGGCGCGCUCACGCUGGUUAAAGAACGACACGACGAAAGGGUUUUCUCGACGCGGACCAGUAGGCCCUUCCCACCAUUGGCGUGGAUGGAGGAGCACAAGGCGAUUAUUUCGCCAAUUUUUGGGGAGAGCUACUACUCUGUCCUCACGAUGAGAUCCCGAGAUGGAUCCACGCUUUUGGACUUCCUGGAUACCUGAGCCCUUGUAAGAGAUAGUACGGAUUACAAUAUGUGUGGAUUGGAGUUGCUGCGCCCAGGGCUGGUUCAGGGGCAAUGAAGUUCGGAGCGGUUUUCCUUGCAUGAAUGCAUCUCUGGAAGGAGAAUCCCAUUGUACUACAUCUCCGUAUUGUGUUACAACAGUGACGGUAGGAAACCUGUAUAUGGACGAUUCGAAAAUGGGAUUCGGAAGCAA